GACACAUCACUCCGAUCUUAAGGAUUUGGUUCAGGCUGAUGAGGCGGUCACCCACACCGCCGUCGCCACUGCCGCUGCUCAGUAAUAUAACAGAGUAGGGUAAGAUCAAUCGUUGUACGUCAAAAGCGGCUGCCGUCGUCUUGACUUGUCCAGUCUUGGCUGUCUUCUGAUCAGUGCUUAGCGAUUCGAGCAGUCCAUUUGAAUCUGCGGCAAGCGGUACUGCUGAGGAGUCUUUCUAGUAGAGCUUUUCAACAGGCAGACAACUAAGACGACGACAGCGGGUGAUAGCACACACAGCACAAACUACAACAUCAAUGUGAUGUUACACUAUCAUGGAGGAAACGCGGGCCGCUGAGGCAUGACUGAGUGGCUGUCGGUUAAGUUUUUCUGACGACAGUGUCUGUGGUAGGCGCCUGAAUACCUGGCGUCCUAUCUUGUGCGGAAAAGGCACAGCACGCGUCGUGCAUUGAGGAAAAAAGCGGUCCGAAAGGGGGUAAUGAGGACGUAUAUCGCUGUGCAACCCCCAUGUUAGUUUUGCAAAUGAGGGUUCGUGCGACGUGCGCUGCGUGCGUCUCGUCUGCGUGUUCGAGAUGAUGAGCAACCACGGAAAUGGUGAUAGUUAUAAUGACAGUUGCCAUAGGAAAAAGACCGAUCGUAAGUGACUGUUUUUCUGACAUACACGGAAAGAGCAUUCUUAAUUUGUAUGUUUACUUGAGUGUGGUAUAAACUGGAGUUCUUUCAUUUCCACGAGGGCUUUGUAGAGGGCUCGAACCCUCCAAAGCUUUGGGUGAUGCCAGAAGUGACUGAUAGGAGCACUGGUGUAAAUGCGUGAGUUUCAUAAGGUGAAACUGGAAGGUACUUAGAGGAAAAUUUAGGAAUAUAGUGACGGUGAUUAGACGUACGCCAGUGGUCCUAUUGUCUGGCUGGAUGUGUGCGUGGCGUCAGUUUUCUGGAGGCGGCGAACCAGCGCUAGUAGUAGAAGUUGUUGGUCGUCGUGUUCCGUAAAGACGAGCUUGUUUUUGUCGCUCAGACUCUGGUGCGUGACUCACCGAGUCGCCUACACUGGGAUGUAUGGGGACCCAGUUCGAGCAUAGCUCGCCUUCCGCGACGCUACAUCCACACCACAAUGCCUCGGUGACAGCGACAACGAGUUCGGGUUCACAGGCGCCCCAGAUCAAACUGGAUAAAACUUUGGAAGAAGCCACAGAAACUGGAGUUCUCCGAUUAAAUGGCCGCAAACUGAAGGAGAUCUCUUUAAAACUUCAGUCGUUACCGAAGUACGAUAUCACCGAUACGAUUGUUACGGAUCUUUCGAAGAACCGUUUAAAUGAGCUUCCCUCAUUUGUUUGCGAGCUGUAUCAGCUUACGGAGCUGUCGCUGUACUCGAACCUACUUAGGAGUCUUCCUUCAGAUGAGUCGCUGCUCACGCUACAGCACCUCACGUAUCUCAACCUGUCCAAGAAUCAGAUCUCGGUGAUACCGCAAGCACUAUGCUUCUUACCAAAACUGCAGGUCCUUAUCGUGUCCCAUAAUCGACUGUGUUCACUUCCUGAGGAGUUGGGCCGUAUGACCUCUCUGUACGAUCUCGAUGUCAGCUGUAACGAGAUCUCCUUUCUGCCGGCGCAGAUCGUCAACCUGGCCGCACUCAAAUAUCUCGACCUACGAAGAAACCUCUUGGUCGAACUACCUUCCGAUCUCCACAAGCUUACGGGCUUGACAAGGUUGGAUAUUUCCGAAAACCGGAUACAGAACCUGCCCACUGACAUGCGAAGAAUGGAAAGGUUGACCGAGUUCGUCUGUGAUCAUAAUCCUCUUGUCACGCCCCCAGCAGCGCUAUGUACCCGCGGCCUAAACCACGUGAAAAAGUUUCUCGAUAAUGAGGAACGAAAACGUGGUGGUGGACCGGCAGGCGUCGCAGGUGACACUGGCACCCUAACUCAGGCUGGCCAUAGAGGACUUCGAAGCCGAGAAUCUUUCCAGCUGACUCUUCGGCACCCCAUUUCGAAAGCAGGCGCAAGAGACUCCGGUUACACGACAAGUGAUGGAUCUACGGGCUACAACGAGAAAAGGUUUUCCGGUGCCGGCGGCAAAGAUGACAUUGACGCCGCGGACGAGAUACGUCGUUUUGCCGCGCAGCGAAUGGAGUUUACUCGGAGUCCCAAGAAACCCCAACAGCCGUUGCAACAGCGUCAUCAACUUUUUGGCCCCUCAACACAGCCUACGCUCACGUCAUUCCAGUCGUCGACAUCUUCGCACGACCUCUGCAACGUGAGUCCGUCAAGCGAAGCGGCGACGUUGCAGGCAACCGCUGGGGGCCCAGCUACCCCUAGCACCCUCAGUCCGACAUCGGAAUUCAAGCCUAUUCAGCCCGAUCCAACGAUGCCCAAGACAGGCGAUGGGGUAUUUGGUUCGGGUGAUCUCCUUUUGGGACCGAUACCAGGCCGAUGUCUGACUCCAGAAGAAGAACUUCGACAGAGGCGUGAGGCAAUUGUUGCUAAGCAAAGGGCUGAAGUUAAGCGAGUUCAGAAGGAGGCCCUCAUCCAGUUUGUAAAGCAGCGGCAGAGCCCAUUACCUGGCGGGGGACAGUCGCUUACUCACCCACAACAGCCGCCCCCCCCUCCUCCACCUCUGCUGGGCCAAGGGGGUCAGACACAAUCUGGUCAUCCUGCAACCCUGCCUGUUAGUUUUUCCCAACAACACCAGCAGCAACUACCACAGCAGAUUAGUCCAACAUCUGAAAGCACCCCUCCAUUGCCGAACUUCACAAUGCGAAGAGGUUUGGACCGAGCUCGUGAAGAGCAGGAAUUGCUGGGCCGUAUGCGUGCGAUUAUCGAGGCUCGGCUCAAGAUGGCGUUGCCGGAGAACCUGGCAGGCGCCCUCACUGACGGAGUGGUCCUCUGCCACUUGGCGAACCACGUCCGGCCAAGAUCUGUGGCCACCAUUCACGUGCCUUCCGCUACGAAUCCGAAGUUAACAAUGGCAAAAUGCCGCCGAAAUGUGGAUAAUUUUUUGGAUGCCUGUCGUCGACUCGGAGUCCCUCCGGAGGAGACCUGCGAAAGUGGCGAUGUCUUGGCGGAAUUUGACGCACGAGCUUUGCUUACUACCAUCGAAUCGUUUAUUCGCGUCGCCGGUCGGCAAAGCUCUGCAGGCAUUGGAGGGACCAGUACGAAACCGACCGCUAAACCACCUCCGCCGCCGCUACCUAUCAGAUCUUCAAGCGAUCCGGCGUAUACGGGCCCUCAGACGGGUCCACAGACGGCUUCUGGAAGCAAUCAACUAGCUGUCAAUAACAACUUGCCGAAACCUUGCGACGAGCAACCUGCGAAGCAGGAUCCGGCCGGAACAGGCGGUCUGGCCACAGUCGGAGCUCGAUCUAUUGAGGCCGUCAGCCGAAAUGAGAGCCCGGUUAGCACAAGCGAGGACAUCUCUAAUCUGGAAAACCUGGAAUACGACCUGUUAGAGGUUCGGUUAAGCUCGUCGAAGACGACUCCGCCCCAGCACAGCUCGGCUGAAGAUACCGAGGCGGCAUUACCAAGCGAUACGAGCCUCGAAGACGAGGCAGCUUUGGAAGGAAAUACGACAUUUCGCUCAAUGCCACCAGAGUACCCCGGCUUACAGGGGUUAUCGAGGCCGAACACGGUGGAGGUUGUCAAGGACCGUGAAACAGGCGAUGUUAAUCGCGAUAAUACAAUGGAGCAGGAAUCAUCAAGAAGAAGAAAAAUAAAACUUGUAGGAGACGAUGGGACGGUUAUUGCAGACAGCAGGGAACAGUAUAUCCAGCAAAGAGGCAACACUUCAUCAGUUAGGAAACUCCGAAGUCUGUUUGAAAGAUCUGCAGAGCCAUGUGCAACACUCGAUCAACAACACAGAACGAUGCCACACAAUCAAAAGGAUGGCUCGGGUUCCGAUUCCAGGGAGAGAGCCGACGUGCAAAAAAAUGGUCAUCAUCAUCUUAAUCGAGUCGAUGAACAAUACAGAGAACAAAUCGAUACCAUAGAACCUGUUAAGGAGGAGUGCAAUCAGCAAACGAUAGGGGGCCAACCGUGUAAAGGGAUAAGUAGUAGCUCUAAGAAUGAGUCUUUCUUCACGACGAACGUCAAAGCGGGUAUCGGGACAGCAUGUAUCUCCCUCGUAGUCUACCUGUACGCGUAUCACCCUUGGAUCCUCAUACUUUUAACCACUAUUGUCGCUCUUGUGCUGUAUAAGAAUUUUUUCCCUACGACUAGCAACCCAGGUCACAAGAACGACAAUGAUCUGGUAGGUGCCAGUAGCCAAAACCCCGAUAAACCUACUGUUGAUAGCGAUAGCACUGCUGCUCUUGAGCAAAACGACCCAGCGAGAGCGUGCGCGAAUUCGAGAAAUGCCAGCAACGAAGGUGCCACUAGUGAUAAUCUCCUAAAUGAUAAGGACAGUAGGUAGCCGGCACAUUGUUGACUGAACAGAUAACUACAUUAAUUUGAAAAGGUGAGAAAGGCGAAAGGCACAAACGUGUGUUGAAGAAGCCGUGAAGCAAAACGAAGUGUUCCGUCGCAUACAAACAAUAUAUAUAUAUAUAUAUAUAUAUAUAUAUAAUUAAAAAAAUAUACAGUAUCAAGGAGCAGCCAUGAAGGUAAAUUAUGUCAACAAGCUUUCAUUUAAUGGGACAAAGAAACUAAAAAAAGGUAUGGACGGUAAUAAGAAAAUUUUUAUGUCUAGGAGUUUCACAAGUGGAGACCCUUCUGCAUAACACUACAUUCGCUACAAAGCGUAACCAAAAUAUAUAGUAUUAAUAAUAAAAAAAAAUAUAUAGGGAUAUAUGAUUAUAUCAACAAGAAGCAAAGAGUACUAUAAUAUAAAAAAUGAUAACGAGAUGCAACUUUACGGUACGCGGGACGUGUGAAAUUGGAUACAAGUGCUUGUGCUAGAGAAAAUGAGCUCAAUAGGUUUGAGAGAUGAACGUAGAUGGAGCUUGACGAUUUCUGUGUGGUAUAUACAAUAAAUUGAAUGUACAGUCCGAUUUCUUUUUACGAAUGGAUCGCUGUUUUUACUGCUUGCGCCGAUUUGACAUUUCUGCUUUGAGAUAUAUAAAUGUAAAUAUAUAACUAAUUGACAAGAUUAGUGGCAUUGGCAUUUUCGUCGAAAACUUUGCAUGCGCUUGAAAAGCAUAAAUACGGAGAUUUUAUCUUUUUUAAGCUUUAUUAGUAUCGAACAACGUUACAGCUUUGAAGUUUUCUUAAAUUACACAGGCAUCGUUGUAUGUGAAGUACUACAAUAAUUGACACGUGAGUUUUUUUUUUAUAUAUACCCUUGAGUUGUAAAAUUUCGUGUCUUUUUUCCUUUAAAAGCAUCCUCACAAGUUUUUAUUGUGCUUUUUUCCUUAUUGUCUGGCACGCCUGCUGUUUUUGCCUUACGUCCGCUUCUACAGGAGUUAACGUGUUCUGCAAUGGAUAUCUUGGACGAGCAGCGUGGAGGUAUUUGUCCGGUGGCCAUUACUGUCAUCGAACUUGCG